CAGGUAGUCACUUAUCACGACGGCUUAGGUGAAAGGAGGAGGACUGCUGUUGAUUCAGGGAAGAAUGUCCCUGCUGCUCCUCAUAAACAGCCCUGAGGAGAGAGUGAGGACAGAUGAGAGAGAGGCAGCUCGCCUCACACAGCAGCAGCAGCAGCAGCAGGGCUAAUUUCUCACGGCACGUUCCUGUAAGUUCUCCUCGUGUUGUUUCCUCUAGCACGCGCUAAACGAGCUAAGCGUUUAGAAAGACGUUAUAGUUAUUAUAGUUAGCCCACUGUGCUGGGAACAGGAGUGUAGCCCCCAGAGGAGAGGAGAGGAGUGAGGGGGGUCUCCGCUGAAGGAGAGAGGGAGUGAGAGAGAGUGAAUGAGUGCUGAAGCUGUUUCUUUAAGAGUGUUAAAAAGCUAGGAGAGCCCCCUUCUCUCUUCUGACGCGCUCACAUAAAUUUAGCAACAACGUGCUGCACCGCGGCCACAACAAACUGCAGGCAAAUAUGCCCUGUCAUGUCAGAGAGCGGUUCUCCACUCAGCUGAAAGUCUCACACAGCACUUCUCCACACAUUAACCACGUUUCCACCGUCCACUAGGCUGAGAGGACUGAGAACUUCCCCACUACUCACACACUGAGAGCACCGGUCAAGCUGUCAGAGCUACUACUACUACUACUACUACUAUUACUGUUACCAUGAGGAGAAAAAGAACAGCAGCAGCAGCAGGACUUCAGGUCUUCAUGUGGGCUUUAAUCUCCUCUAAGGUGUGGGUAAAUGCAAGCGAUGGAGAAGCUGUCUUCAUCCGCGAGUUCACCUUAAGCCGUCAAGAUGACUUCCCUGAAGACUCCCAGAAUGAAGGCCAUUUAAACCACAAGCCUGAAGAUUCAAGCUCUCGGACAGCACGCUCAGAGGAGGACAAGGAGACACUGUGGGAUGCCUGGGGCACGUGGAGUGAGUGCUCACGCACCUGUGGAGGUGGAGCUUCAUACUCUCUCAGACGCUGCCUUAGUGCCAAGGCUUGUGAGGGGCAGAAUAUCAAAUACCGCACCUGCAGUAAUGUGGAUUGUCCUCCAGACUCCGGAGAUUUCCGUGCUCAGCAGUGCUCAGCUCACGCUGAUGUGCGCUACCAGGGCCGAUACUACGACUGGCUGCCUGUGGAUAAUGACCCUGAUAACCCGUGUGCCCUGAAGUGCAGAGCUAAAGGCACAGAGCUGGUGGUAGAGCUGGCACCCAAGGUGUUGGAUGGAACGCGCUGCUACACAGAGUCUCUGGACAUGUGCAUCAGUGGAGCCUGUCAGAUUGUUGGCUGUGACCAUGAGUUAGGGAGCACCGCCAAGGAGGACAACUGCGGGAUUUGCAACGGAGAUGGCUCCUCUUGCAGACUCGUGAGAGGGCACUACAAAUCCCAACAUGCCAGUGGGAAGACUGAAGACACCGUGAUUGUUAUUCCCUAUGGAAGUCGGCAUGUGCGGCUUGUUCUGAAAGGCCCGGAUCACUUGUAUUUGGAGAGUAAGACACUACAGGGAUUAAAAGAAGAGCUUUAUCUGGAAGGGACGAAGCAAUACGUCCUGCAGAACACAACCAUUGACUUCCAGAAGCUCUCAGACAAGGAGGUGCUGAGAAUCACUGGGCCACUCGAAGCCGACUUCACUGUUAAAGUGCAGUAUGGCAGUGGUGUGGACAGCGUGGUACAGUUUAUCUUCUACCAGCCAAUUGUCCAUCGCUGGAGAGAGACUGACUUCUUCCCCUGUUCUGUAACCUGUGGCGGAGGAUAUCAGCUGACCUCAGCCGAGUGCUUUGAUCUGCGCAGUAAUCGUGUGGUAGUGGACCAGUAUUGCCAUUAUUAUCCUGAAAAUGUCAAACCCAAACCCAAACUGCAGGAGUGCAACAUGGACCCCUGCCCUGCCAGUGAUGGCUACAAGCAAAUCAUGCCCUAUGACCUGUACCACCCGCUGCCUCGGUGGGAGAGUAGCCCGUGGACGGCCUGUUCCACGUCCUGCGGCGGAGGAGUCCAGAGCCGCUCGGUUUCUUGUGUGGAAGAAGACAUGCAGGGGAACAUCACUCCCACGGACGAAUGGAAAUGUCUGUAUACGUCCAAGGCAUCCAUCCUGCAGCCGUGUAACAUGUUCGACUGCCCGACGUGGCUCGCACAGGAGUGGUCACCGUGCACAGUGACUUGUGGACAGGGCCUGCGCUACAGAGUGGUGUUAUGCAUCGACCACAGAGGCCUGCAUGCUGGAGGAUGCAAUCCCACCACAAAGCCGCACAUAAAGGAAGAGUGCCUGGUUCCUGUUCCCUGUUAUAAACCCAUAGAGAAGCUCCCUGUGGAAGCAAAGCCUCCUUGGUACAAACAAGCCAUAGAGCUGGAAGAAGACACAGCUGUGUCUGAGGAGCCGACGUAA